CUGAUGCGUUGCACAUUUUUGCAACUAAUAAAGAAGUGGAUGCGCACAACUCUGCAACACUGGCUCUGCUCCAUACUCAUAUCAUUGACAUCCAUGCAGAUGAUUAUAGAAAGGAUCCUAGAACUGGCAGAAUGGCACUUCAAGACAGACCAUUGAAAGGAGGUAAAAACGAGUUACCAGACACACUGAAAGUUGCAGAAGGAGCUCGUGUCAUGCUCACCAGAAACAUUGACAUACAAAAUGGUUUGGUUAAUGGAGCUUUUGGAAUACUACUUAGAGUAGUUUACUCUGAAAAUGACCAACACAUCAUCAAGCUUGGACUUAAAAUGGAUAAUGAGACAUCUGGAAAGAAUAACCGAACACCAGCAGACGACAUGGUGUACAUUGAGAGAGCAGAGGAGAAUCUGAAGCAGAAAGGAGUGGUACGAAGACAGUUCCCAGUGAAGCUGGCCUUUGCAUGUACAAUACAUAAGGUACAGGGUAUGACAACCACAUCAGCUGUUGUCUCUCUUAAGAGCAUUUUUGAGCCCGGCAUGGCCUACGUAGCUGUCAGUAGAGUGACGUCUCUCAGUGGACUGUAUCUUCUUGAUAUGGAGGAGAAAAAAAUAUUCACCAACCCAGAAAUCCCUGCAGCACUUGAGAACAUGAGACAAGCCAACCUUGAUGACAUGAUGCCUCUUCUACACGUGAGACAAACACUGAGCAGGUCAGACGUUUUCACCAUUGUUCAUCAUAAUACAGAGGGACUGCCAGCUCACAUUAAUGACAUCAAGAGUCACCAUGAAUUGUGUCUAGCAGAUGUUUUGUGCCUAACAGAAACACACCUGCGGGGCUCUUUUGUCGCAGAGAGUCUCCACUUGGAAAAUUACAAUUUGUUCAAACGCAACAGACACCUGUCCUACACAAACUUUCCCCAGAUGGCAAACAGAAGUGGUGGUGGAGUUGCUGUUUAUGUGAAAAGUGACAUUCAAGUGCAUGAAAAACAGUACAUCCAUAAUGUAACUGACCUUGAAUUUCUGGCUUUAAAGGUUGAAGCACCAGUCAGUGCUCUGAUUGCAGUUGUGUACAGACCUCCAGACUACACUCUGAGGCCAUUCCUGAAAAACCUGGUGUUUCCCUCUGUGAUCCAUCCCCUUCAGAGCUGAGACACUCAGGACUGAACAGACUGCACAGUUUCUGUGACUGAGCCUACAAAACACCUUCUUUGAAACCUCACAUGAUAGAAGGGCUUUAUAUUUGCAGCAGCACUACUAAAGUUGGCAGGAAUGUUGCUGCAGGAAAACAUCCCUGCAGAUCACCAUCAUUGUCAGACUGACUUUGCCUCCUCUGUGCAGUGUCAAGAUCCUCCUUAAAUGAGUGUUCCUCAGCUAUCCUGCUUCUGUGCUGCUUGCCACACAUCAAACACUGGCCGGAUGACAGGGAGGAUCCACUCUGAAGUCACUGGACAUGAUGAGGAUCAUAUGGGACUUUAUAGUUUCACAGAAACGUUGUGCUCUUUGAUUACAGG